AUGGACUCAUCUGAAGAAAGAACUUCAGAUAACUUCGUAAUAUUUCCAGGGUUUUUCAAAAAUAAAAAAGUUUUUAUUCCAAAUGAGGAGAUAACUAAGAAUCGUACAGGACUUAAUUAUAAAGCUACUAGAAACGAUAUAUUUUUAUCAAAAGAACAGAGACAACAUAAGAGGAAAAAAAUAAUAGAAUUGGCGACACAGUUUUAUAAUGCUAAUGGAAUAGAACCAAAUAAUACAGAUACUGAUGUAUCAAUGAGUGCAGUGGCAGAUUUUUUCAAUAUACCUAGACAAUCAUUCAGUGAUCAUAUUAAAGGAAAUCAUCAAAAUAUAGCUAUUCAUGGAUAUGCCAAGAAAGGAAUUCUGACUGAUGAAAAUAUCAAAUUAUUGAGAGAUAUUGUUAGAGCGGUUAGAAUCAAUGAGAAUCCAGACUUUGAUGGACAAGAUCUAUUUGCAAGUGAUAAGGAAUUGAUAAAUCUAAUAAGUGUGGUGACAGUAUUCGUAAACAAUCAAGUUGAAACAACUAUCCAACUAGGUAGUCAAUUGGAACUUCUGGCUGUAGAUUUAUCUACGGAUGAAACAACAUCAAGACAAACUACCUUAGAGAAACUAUUGGCGUUUUUCAAUAACCCGGUUCUUUGUGUGGAAUCAUUUAAAUUGAAAAGUAAAGAUCUGGAUCAAAUGCGACUGGGGCUAAUUGCUUUAAAGAAAAUAUAUUCAUCAGAACAUGAAGUCAAAUUACUUAAUAGAAGAACAAUAUCAAGAUCUAGAGAUAAACUCGGAAUUUUUCCUCCCAACGUAAAAUCAAAAAAAUCGUCUCUUUCUACGAUAUCGUUAAAAUAUGAGAAUAGUCAUAAACGUAGGGAUACAAUAAUGGAUCCAGAAAUAAAAAAUGUCACAGAAAAGUUAGGUUUAUUAGAUAAUGAAUUGCCUGUUACUAAGGAUCAAAUUAUACGAACAGUUUUUGUUAAAUUGAAUAAAAUUCUUGAUAAAAAACAUCAAAAAUCACUUGAAGAUAUACAAGAGUAUCGGAGAUUGAUAAAUGACUUAAUAACCCCACUUAAGGCAUUUACUGAAUAUGGCACAUUGAUAGGUGAGCAGUUUCAAAAAUUAACAGACUUAAUCUUGCAAAUAAGUUUCGAAAAUGCAGUAUUGCUGAGAGCAAAUGGUGGAGGUGAACCUGCCCUCGGUCUACCAUCGAGUCUAGUAGAAAAAGAAAUACAAUCUAAAGGAGAUGAACAUAAUGAUUCUUCUCAUUCCACUGAGACUAUGCAUUUUUGA